AUUCAAGAUGGCGGUUCCCGGUAACGUAAAAGAAUGGCUUCUUCUCUUAGGCGUUGGAGGCUUUAUUGCACUGAUAUUUUGGUCAGGAAUGAAUGUAUUAACUCUAAAGACAGUUCUUCUAUGGAUUUUAAUCAGUUUUGGGUUCUUAACGUUAAUUUUCCACGCGUUUGGGUCGUCGUUAUUGGGCUUGAUGCAGAAAGUGUUAGGCAUCGAAAAGGAAGACAAAACCAAAUCAAAAUUCAGCCAAGAAGAGAUAAGUAGGAGAAAAGAGAGAGCUAGCUUGAAGAAACAAGCUAUUUUUAAUGAAAGGAAUCAGGAUUACAGAGAACAUGUCAUGAAACCAAAGCAAGAAGCUCAACUUCUGAAAAAACAGAAAGAAACUCAGAAGUUCCACCCCAACUGGAAGGGAGAGGGUCACAGACUUGGGAGUGGUCCAGUACCAAAUAUUUGCUCAUGUGGUCAGGCACAUGAUGAGGUYGACACAGAUGAAAUGGACCCAGAUUGUUUACUAGAUUAUAUUGAAGAUACCCAUUCAAGUUCAGAUGAAGAGCAAGAAGAAGAAAUGAUCCAGGAAUCCUCAAAAUCACAAGAAGAACAUAWAAAUGCUAAUACAUUAAGACAAAGGAGAAAAGACAAGACAAGUGAUCAGGAACAUGACUUGCAUACAGCCAACAGAGAGGGCCAGGAGGAACAAAAAAUUAAUUUUGUCCCAGAGGAGCCAGCUAUUGRCACUCCAGGAACUGUAACAGUAGCAUUCAGAUGUCCAAAUGGAAAUACCAYGAAAAGAAGAUUUACUUUAGAAUCGCAUGUACAGUGUUUGGUGGAUUAUGCAGAGUCACUAGGCUACYUAUCUACAAGCUACUGUAUAAUGACAACAUAUCCAAGGAAACCAUUGGGUGACCCAAAGCAAACACUGAAAGAGGCAGGACUGACGCAAGAUGUUGUCUUGGUGAUAGAUGAUAUAGAUGAUUGAUGAAUAAUAAUAUCUAUAGAUGACCUACCAAUUUCAAUCUCUAGAUUAUCAGAGUUAGUAAACAUGAAUGAUGUCCAUUUUCU